GUGAAACGGCGCCGGAUGGUUUUCGAAAAGCUGUUGGCUGACGGUGAGAGGGAAGUAACGCAAGUGAGGGGUUGCCCCUCCACCAUCAGGGCGACCUCACGCAGGCAAGGCAUCACCUCCCGGAGAGAGGGCGUGGCUUCGGCUGGAGGGGUCAGGCCCAGGAACGAUGCUCAGCCCAAGGAUGAUGUCGGUCCGAAGGGAGACGAUGAGAUCAAGAAAGGACACGUAAGGAAAGAUGAGAUCAAGAUCGAUGAUGAGAUCGAGAUGGAUGCUCAGGCUUCGGGGGGAGAUGCCGGAAUCUCAGCUGAAGAUCGCAUGUCAUUGAAACGGAGCGGUCAUGGUGAUUGUGAGACUUCAGCUCAAGCUGAGGUGCAGACAUCUGGUGAAGACGACAUUGUCACUUCACGUCAAGAGAGGGACACGCAGAGUUACCACACAUCGGCUCUAGGAAAUGAUUGUGAGACAUCUCACGGUGGACUCAUGACUGAUGGUCAGAUCUUGUCUCAAGAAGGUGGAUUCACGACCGAUGGUCAGAUGUCAUCGCAAGAAGAUGGACUCACGGCUGAUGGUCAGAUCUCGUCUCAAGAAGGUGGACUCACAACUGAUGGUCAGAUCUCGUCUCAAGAAGGUGGACUCACGACUGAUGGUCAGAUCUCGUCUCAAGAAGGUGGACUCACGACUGAUGGUCAGAUCUCGUCUCAGGAAGGUGGACUCACGACUGAUGGUCAGAUCUCAUCUCAAGAAGGUGGACUCAAUGUUCAGAUGUCAUCACAGAAAGGUGGAUCCCCAGUUGACGCUGCCAUGCCACGUUCAAAGGGUGGACCUCCGGCUCACAGCGCAGACGAGGCUCCUCACGGUCGGGAGAGCAGCAACCCACAGGGGCCCGGCGCUGACCCCGCACAUGAAGGUGAAGGAGACAGCACAUCUAGCGGUUCGCUCGCCAACCAAAGCGCGCCGGGAGACGAGCGGGCCGAGACGAUGCGCCUCUACUUCCACGCUGCGCUCUCCAGGGACUUCGGCCCCUUCGACGACGGCAGGGACCGCGUGGUGCUGAGGUCGGCCGACUUGUGCCGUGACCCCACGUGGGAUGAGGACGUCAUGCAGCUGCACGUGACCGGUUUCAUCAAAGACUUCGGUCUGCUCGUCGACGGCGUGAUGGAGGUGAGCGUGAGCGCCGUGCACAACAGGCGCAUCGCCUACAGGUACGCGCUGCUCAGGGGUGACGCGGAAACGCCCGAGUUCAUCUGCAAGGCCGACGGCGCGAGGGCCGGUCGCCUGAACCGCAGCAUGCAAGUCUGGGACCAGUGUAUCCAGCGCAAGGAGGACUGGCACCAGUACGACGACCUCAUCCAUGCCCCUCCGGCGGGCGGCAUCGCCGGGUGGCUGAGGAGCGCGGCGGACAAGGCGAAAGUCGCGAGGGACAUGGAGAUGGGCAAGCGCAUCUCCGGCCGAGUCCACCUCGAGCGCAUCCUCGGGUUCGUGCAAGGCUGGACGCGCCCUGGACUCGACGAGUUCCACUCGCUCUCUGAGCAGCUCGCGGUCUGCUACAGCGAGGAGUGGGUCCACGAUGGCCACCACAGACCCUGGCAUGGCCUGGACUUCGGCCCGCCUCAGGUCGACAAACUGGUGAGCGAGCUGGUGGUGAGGAUCCUGCGACCGCACUCCGAGUUUCGCUCCGAUCCGUCGUGCCGCCCCUCCGUCGCGUCCAGGGAGCAGUCGGCCCUCUUGGCCGCGAGCCUCCUGCACCUGCGCGACGUUCCGGUGCCCGCCAAAUGGCUGUCGAUCGCGUGCCGCCUGCUGGCGCCGCUGCCGCCACGUGCCAGCGUCGAGCAGAGCAGGGCGAGCGUCCGGGCGACGUGCGCCAAGCUGCGCGUCCACCCCAGGUGAGUGGUGGUGGGUGGUGGUGGUUGGUCGUGAUUGGUAUCGGUUGGUGGUGGUUGGUAGU